CUACUACUCCUUUAUUUAGCAGUGUAAAAUUAGGCAUGUUCUUUGCAGGCUACAUUUAUUUGCUAUAUAAAUAAUCAUUCAUCAUCUCCCCUUCUCAUGUGUUGUUUUAGCUUUAAUAUCUAAUUUCUUCUGUUAGUCUUCUAACUGGAACUGUUAUCUGAUUGUAUAGAUAGAACUAAAAGCAUAUAAGAUUUGCAGUUGACUUGUGUAAGUAUAGAGAAUAGUUGUUGCAGGUGAGAGAGAUUGAGAGUGAGAGAUGAGUUUCUUAGUAGAUGAGAACUUUGGGAAAGUGAAGGCCAAGCACUCCUCGGAGGAGGCUUUGCAGAGAUGGAGAGAUUGUUGUAGUGUUGUUAAGAACUCUAAGCGGAGGUUCCGAUUCACUGCUAAUCUCUCCAAGCGAUAUGAAGCUGCUGAUAUGCGCCAGACUAAUAAGGAGAAUAAAAUGAGAGUCGCAGUACUGGUUUCUAAAGCAGCAUAUAAGUUCACAAGAGUAAUAGGUGCUCAACAACUACAACUAAGUGACUAUGUGGUACCUGAAGAUGUUAAAGCAUCUGGUUAUCAGAUUGGUGCUGAUGAGCUAGGAUCUGUAGUUGAAGGUCGUGAUCAGAAGAAGCUCAUAUUUCAUGGCGGAGUACCUGGUAUUGCACAAAAACUUUGCACAUCCACCACUGAUGGCCUUCCUACUGAUAGUGAUUCACUUAAGCGCAGACAGGAACUUUUUGGAAUCAAUAAAUUUACUGAAAGUGAACCUCGCAGAUUCUGGGUUUUUGUUUGGGAAGCCUUUCAGGACAUGACACUUAUGAUCCUUGCAGUAUGUGCUUUUGUGUCAUUAAUGGUUGGCAUAGCAACUGAAGGAUGGCCUAGAGGUGCCCAUGAUGGCCUUGGAAUUUUUGCAAGUAUCUUUUUGGUGGUAUUUGUCACUGCAACGAGUGAUUACAGGCAAUCUCUACAGUUCAGGGAUUUGGACAAAGAGAAGAAGAAAAUUUCGAUCCAAGUCACAAGGAAUGGAUACCGGCACAAAAUGUCAAUAUAUGAGCUCCUUCCUGGUGAUAUUGUCCAUCUUGCUAUUGGAGACCAAGUUCCUGCAGAUGGCCUCUUUGUUUCUGGAUUUUCUGUGCUCAUUGAUGAAUCUAGCUUGACAGGAGAAAGUGAGCCAGUUAUGGUAAGUGAUGAAAAUCCUUUUCUGUUGUCAGGUAGUAAGGUUCAAGAUGGAUCGUGCAAAAUGCUGAUUACCACGGUGGGGAUGAGAACUCAAUGGGGUAAACUGAUGGAAACACUUAGUGAAGGUGGAGAUGAUGAGACUCCACUUCAGGUUAAAUUGAAUGGGGUCGCAACCAUUAUCGGAAAGAUUGGCCUCUUCUUUGCUAUAGUGACUUUUGCGGUUCUUGUGCAAAAACUAUUUGGCCGCAAACUGCAAGAGGGAACCCAAUGGAUUUGGACAGGAGAUGACGCUUUAGAAAUGUUAGAAUACUUCGCCAUUGCAGUUACCAUUGUUGUUGUUGCUGUACCUGAGGGAUUGCCUUUGGCUGUUACUUUAAGCCUUGCCUUCGCCAUGAAGAAGAUGAUGAAUGAUAAAGCACUUGUCCGCCAUCUUGCAGCCUGUGAGACAAUGGGGUCUGCAACAACAAUCUGCAGCGACAAAACUGGCACACUGACUACAAACCACAUGACUGUUGUCAAAUCGUGCAUUUGUAUGAAUGUGAAGGACGUGAGUAACAAAGAAAGCUCUUCCGCCUUGUGCUCUGAAAUCCCCGAAUCUGCAAUCAAAAUCAUACUGCAAUCCAUAUUUAACAACACUGGGGGAGAAAUCGUGGUUAACGAAGCAGGAAAACGCGAGAUACUGGGAUCACCAACGGAUGCUGCUCUAUUGGAGUUUGCACUAUCACUUGGUGGAGAUUUUCAGGCUGUGCGCCAAGCUUCCAAACUUGUUAAAGUUGAGCCAUUCAACUCCACAAAGAAAAGAAUGGCUGUGGUUUUGGAGCUUGCUGAAGGAGGUAAAAGAGCUCAUACAAAAGGUGCUUCAGAAAUUGUUUUGGCUGCCUGUGACAAGGUGAUGAAUUCAAAUGGCGAGGUUGUCCCUCUUGAUGAAGAAAUGCUAAACCAUCUUAAAGUUACAAUUGAUGAGUUUGCCAGUGAAGCACUACGUACCUUAUGUCUUGGCUAUGUUGAACUCGAAAAUGACUUCUCUGCUGAGAAUCCCAUUCCAGCCUCUGGAUAUACCUGCAUUGGAAUUGUUGGUAUCAAGGACCCGGUACGACCUGGUGUGAAGGAAUCGGUUGCACUUUGUCGGUCAGCUGGUGUAACCGUUCGGAUGGUUACCGGAGACAACAUAAAUACCGCAAAGGCUAUUGCCAGAGAAUGCGGAAUACUCACCGAGGACGGUAUUGCAAUAGAAGGUCCUGUUUUUAGAGAGAAGAGUCUGGAGGAACUGCUUGUACUUAUUCCCAAAAUUCAGGUGAUGGCUAGAUCUUCACCUCUAGACAAACAUACCCUGGUGAAGCAUUUGAGAACGACAUUUGGUGAAGUUGUUGCUGUCACUGGUGAUGGAACAAAUGAUGCACCAGCUCUCCAUGAAGCUGAUAUUGGACUUGCAAUGGGUAUUGCAGGAACUGAGGUGGCUAAAGAGAGUGCAGAUGUCAUAAUAUUGGACGAUAAUUUCUCUACCAUUGUGACAGUGGCCAGAUGGGGCCGUUCUGUAUACGUAAAUAUUCAAAAGUUCGUGCAGUUCCAACUGACAGUUAAUGUGGUUGCUUUGGUUGUCAACUUCUCUUCAGCUUGUUUAACAGGAAGUGCACCUCUCACAGCUGUUCAGCUUCUGUGGGUUAACAUGAUUAUGGAUACUCUUGGGGCGCUUGCAUUGGCUACUGAACCUCCCAAUGACGAAUUAAUGAAGAGAGCACCAGUUGGAAGGAAGGGAAAUUUCAUAAGUAAUGUGAUGUGGAGGAAUAUCUUGGGGCAAUCUUUAUAUCAGUUUGUUGUAAUAUGGUUUCUUCAGGUUAAUGGAAAGGAAAUUUUUGGCCUUUCCGGACCUAAUUCAGACCUGAUUUGCAACACACUUAUUUUCAACUCCUUUGUCUUUUGUCAGGUAUUCAAUGAGAUAAGCUCUAGAGAAAUGGAAAAGAUAAAUGUCUUUGCCGGAAUACUAGACAACUAUGUGUUUGCGACCGUUCUCAGUGUCACGGUCUUCUUUCAGAUCAUAAUAAUUGAGUUACUGGGUACAUUUGCAAACACGUCACCCCUCACAUUAGCACAGUGGUUUGUUAGCGUAUUUCUUGGAUUUCUAGGCAUGCCGAUAGCUGCAGCUGUGAAGAUGAUUCCUGUUUCAAAUUGAUACUGAACUAUGUUAUUGCUGCCUCUAAAACUGUGUAAAUCUGAUUCUUUUCUAGUCAGACAGGCCCUUUUCAGAAGAGGACUGACUUUAGCUUAUUUGCUGGAUGAGUGAAAAUGAAACUGAGAAUUUUUGGAUUGGUUGGCAAAAUUCCCCAUUCACGGUUUCUUCCCUACUCCAGCUAAGCCUUUGAUUUAGCUUCUAGUAAAAAGUCUAUUUUGUCAAUUUGUUAGUUAACAGUGGACUACUUUUACUCAAAGUAUUACCUUACUGACAUGUUAGAAACAAGCCAUCCAUCUGAUGAGCUUUUCGGAUGAUAUUAUUUUACUGCUGUGCAGAAUUUCCACUAAUAUUAUCUCGUCAUAGUGCUUGCUCA